UCAUGGUAAUCCAUGGUAAAUAGAAACGACAGGUUAGGAGUCCUAACUUAGGACUCACGUGUUCGCUUUGAAAAGUGUAAAUUGUAAAAUAUAAAGCAGGAUGGGAAGAAAAGCGAAAUUCGAUGGGACAACUGUUCCGACUGGGCGCGGAAGGAAGGCUAAAAAGCAAGGAGAUCCAACAUUCCCAAAGGGAGUUCUAGUGAAAGAGGAAAAGAAUUUGAGUCAUAGGCAGAGGCAACGUGCAAAAAAGCGAUUAUUGAAACAGCAAAGUUUGAAAGAGAAAUUAUCAAAGAAGAAACAUGAAGUGACUGGAGAUAUAAUAAAUGAAAAUAAUGUCAAAAGUAUGUCUAAACAACUGAAGAAAAAGAAGAAGAAACCUUUGAAAUCUGUGCCAGUUACAAAUGGCAGUGUAAGCAGCGACGACGAACAAAUACAAUUCGAUGAUGACGACGAUAUGUUGGACGAUGAAGAAGUAAUGGAAAAUGAGCAGGAAACUAGCACGAAACUAAAGUUAUUAGACAGUGAUGAGGAUGACGCAAGUGAAGCUGAAGAAAGUAACAAAGAACUUGAUAGCAAUUAUGAAUUUAAGCAGGGUGAUGGAUCAGAAGAGGACGAAGAUAUGGAUCAGGAUAAACAGCAGGAAGGAGAAGAUGACGAUGAAGAUGACGACGAUUUGCUGCCCAUAGAAAAAGCAAAUAAAAAAUUGAAGAAGAAACAAGCGAAAGAACAAAAAAUGGCAGAUGAGGAAAUGAAUGAUAUGAUGGCGCAACAGUGUGUCUUCACCUUUCCCUCCGAAGAAGAGCUCGCAAACAUUACCAAUCUCAAAGAUAUACAGCAACGUAUGAAGGAUGUUAUUAUGAUAUUAUCAGAUUUCAAAAGAUUGCGUGAUCCAAACAGAUCACGGUCAGAAUACAUGGACAUACUCAAAACGGAUUUAUGCACAUACUACAGUUACAACGAUUUCUUAAUGCAGAAACUGAUGCAGAUAUUUCCACUGGACGAACUGCUAGAAUUUUUAGAAUCGAGCGAAAUUCAGAGGCCCAUGACGUUACGAACGAACACGUUAAAGACGCGUAGGCGUGAUUUGGCAGAAGCUCUGAUCAACAGAGGAGUCAAUCUGGAUCCGAUAGGGAAAUGGACAAAAGUAGGAUUAGUUGUGUAUUCUUCUCAAGUCCCGAUGGGCGCGACGCCGGAAUAUCUGGCUGGGCACUAUAUUCUACAGGGUGCGUCUAGCUUUUUGCCGGUUAUGGCGUUGGAGCCGAAGGAAAACGAAAGGAUUUUGGACAUGUGUGCUGCACCUGGUGGAAAGUCAUCGCACAUAGCGGCGCUUAUGAAGAAUACAGGUGUACUUUUCUCGAACGACGUGAACGAGGAUAGGAUAAAGGCUGUAGUUGGUAAUUUCCAUAGGCUUGGCAUCGUAAAUUCUGUGAUUUGUUCCUACGACGGACGAAAGUUACCCACAGUUAUCAAAGGUUUCGACAGAGUUCUGUUGGACGCACCGUGCACCGGCACUGGUGUAGUUUCCAAAGAUCCCAGCGUUAAAACGAACAAAGACGAAAUUGAUAUUCAACGUUGCUGCACGUUACAGAGGGAGUUACUUCUGGCAGCUAUAGACUGUGCGAAUGCUCGCUCGGAAUCAGGUGGAAUUAUCGUUUAUUCCACGUGUUCGAUCCUUCCGGAGGAGAACGAGUGGGUGGUAGAUUAUGCGCUUAAGAAACGUGACGUUAAGCUGGUGCCCACUGGCUUGGAGUUUGGUACCGAGGGUUUCACUAGCUACCGUCAGCACAGAUUUCAUCCUUCGUUAAAGUUGACUAAACGAUUUUAUCCGCAUGUACAUAAUAUGGACGGAUUCUUUGUAGCGAAAUUGAAGAAAUUCUCUAACAUCGUUCGGAAGAAGAAAGACACGGAGGAAGAAGAAUCGCUCGAUUAAUAGUAGCGAGUGUUUUUCUAGUAAUUAGUGAAAUAUCUAAGAACUA